AUGCCUCCAACAUCGCCUACCCGUUCACGAAGAGAUGGACCAAUUCCCGGAUUCAGGGCGUUUCCCAGACCCAAGCAACAUGUCAACAACAUCGAAGAAUUGUCUCUCGAGGAACUCCGAGAUUUGUACGACAAGAAUAACAGGAGCUUGUCCACAUCGGCACCCUCGACAUCAACGUAUGUCACGAGAAUCCAGGCCGAGCAGGCCAAGAUCGAAGUGCGAAUAUUUGAACUGGAAGACAUAAAGAACAUCCAGGACGGGCUCAGACGUGUUACACUGAAGACGGAAGAAGACAUGAAUGUUGAUAUGCCUAUGGAAUCCGUCAUCGUUCGCCCUAUCGCGGCAAAGGAGAGAGCCCUGGCAAAAUACGCCCUACACGCGAGCCAAGGACCUAUCAUCGCGUCUGGGUUUUCUCUCCAAGAGGCUGUCCAGCUUGAACAACAAGCUCAUCUCCUUGAUCUUGAACGCAAACAACGAGUCCUGGAGAAGAAACAACAGAGAGCACAGGCUAUGGAACGUGGUGGCUUGAGCGAACGCGAAAGAGCGGCUCGAAUACUGGCUUUCAUGAACUAUAAGCCGACAGAUUCAGACUUGGAAGACGAUUCUGAGGAAGAAGAUCCAGCAAGCUGGUUCGAAGAUGACCAGGAUGAUGGGCGCAAAGGCCAGGACAUCGUUGAGCCCGACGCUGAAGAUCUUGCGGAAGUUAUUCGAGUCGAUGCGAGUCGAGCUCACUACGGUGCAUUCUAUGAACCCCGUGAUAACGGCGACUAAUUGAAAGACAAUGUCACGAUAGAGGUGUACAAAUUCAUGUAAUAGUAUUGGAAAGUUUGUGUAUGUAUGCGGAAAGUAAAGAGAUCCUUAAUUUGUCAACAUC